UUGUUUUGUGGAUAUCUAUGGUGGAUGGCAACUAUUUUGUUUCUCCAAAAGUACAGACUCUUAAAACCAUUACAUUUUUUAUCAUUAUUUUGCAACAUUUUUCUAUUUAAAAUUUGCCGGAAAAGAAUUAAAAUUGUUUGUUUAUUAAAUAAAACAACAAAACAAAAAAGGAUUCCUUCAUUUUGUUGUCUCAAUUUCGGAAACGCCUCUUUGAUUUUUGAGCAGGCGGUAGUCGCCGAAUGCCCUGCGAUUGCGGGUUUUUCUGCCUUUUCACAGAAAGAAGGAGGCACAUUGAAGUCCUUUGGCGUAAACGAUUAUUGGUCACAGACGACGAGCGUCGGGCAAAGCGCCGAUUCCUUACACUUAUGCGUGGAUUUGACACAGAGGAUUUGGAAAUACUUCGAAGGGCAGUCGAGUCUGUUGGGAUUGAUAUUAAACAAUGCGCCCCAGGCCCUCCAAUGGACCUUAUUGAGGAAAGGGAAAGCAGCACAAGUGAGGAUGAAGAGGAAUUGGAACCUGAGGCAGUUCCAGGGUGCUCAACGACGGUUUUGAGUACGAGGCCUAGACAUUCAAUGAGGCAAAUGGAGAGGGAUAGAAUACUUUUUCAACGUCAAAGAGUGUCCACCGUAGCAGAAAUCCAACCACAAGGAGGAAUAGGAACAUUAAUAACAACACAACAAAUAGAUAAUAAACAAUUGGGGAAUUAUCAAAGGAGAUAUUCAACAAAUACAAAUAGUAGAUAUAAUAGAAAAAUUAGCAAUUAUAGUAGUGGAAGGCGUUGUGCAAUGUUAAAUAGCCCGUUAAACGAAGAAAAUGUGAAAGAAGAAUUAAACAUUUCUUCAAAAACAAAAAAUUCCGCUAUUAAAAAUGAACAAGAACAACAAAAACAGCAAUUUAGUAGCAGAACAGUCAACGCCCCUCCACCUCCAGAUUCAAUAGCGACAGAUGCAGAAACACAAAAAUUACUUCCUUUGCCUCCAGAAACUCUUGGAGGUGUUGACAGUGGCCUUAUACCUCAGAUUGAUAAGCCAAUGUCUAUGCCUUAUCUUUGUUGUAAAAUGUGGCGUUGGAAGGAUUUGCAAGUAGAUGCUGCUUUACACAGACUUGACCCUCUCCCUUGGUGUAGAUUUGGAAGAGUAACUAUAAACAAUGCAACUGUUUCUUGUUGUAAUCCCUACCAUUAUGCUCUGUGGAUAAGACGUAAAAAUUUAAUUUCAUUACAGGAAAACCUCAUAAAAUAUUACCAAAAUAGAUAA